UCAAACUCCACAAACCAUUUGUUCCCAUCCUUUCAUCUCCUUCCAAAAACACCUUCUUCCAAAGCUCUCCGUGAACCAGUAACCCUUUGACUCUCUGUCUGCCCUUUUCCUUCUCCAUCUCCAUAGAAAACCUAACAAAAAAGCUUUCAUCUUUCACGUUUCUAUAUAAACCCCACUUCCCAAUACUCUCUAUAUUUUCACUCUGUAUCUUCGAAAUCCUCGACUUUGAUGACCAUGCGGAGGAAAAUGUGGAUGUUUUCUCAUUGAUCGCCGCCUCCAACCCCCCAAAGCUUGUCUUUUGCGUGAUGGAAGGUAUGAAAAAACCUGCAAGAACUGCCACUGCCACCGCCACAGCCACCAUUAUCAACGCCUUGCUCAUCAACAAAGCCUGUUCACAAAGUUUCCCUCUCUCCAAGCUCUCCUUCUGGUUCGCCCCAACAACUCGCCCUCCCGGUCUGCUCUUCUCCACCUUCGGUUCAUAGAUUUUUGCAAAUACAAAGGGCGUAGAAAAAUUAAACAAACAAACUAAACCCAGAUGGACUUUUACGGUUUUAACUCCAAAUCUUCAUUUAAUCCGAGCUUAUUCGACCCUUUUAAGCAUGGCGCAAGUGGGUUCGGCGGGGCUUUGCAGGGCGGUGCUGCGGCGGCUCUGCCUCACUCACUGGUUUUGGACAGUGAGAAAGGCGAGCUCGUUAAGGCUCCUGCGAGAGUGGGGAAAAAAGGGGUGUCUGAGGCUAAGGCUUUGGCGGCUUUGAAGAAUCACAGUGAGGCCGAAAGGAGGAGGAGAGAGAGAAUCAAUGCACAUCUGUCUACGCUUCGCGGUCUCGUGCCCUGCACUGAAAAGAUGGACAAAGCCGCGUUACUUGCUGCAGUUAUCAGCCAAGUGAAGGAACUGAAGAAGGAUGCUCUAGAAUCCAGUAAGGGGUUUCUCAUCCCAGUUGAUGACGAUGAAGUGAAAGUUGAACCCUAUGUCAUUGGGGCAGGGGAUGGAACCAUAUCUGUGAAGGCAUCCGUCUGCUGUGAAUACCGGUCUGAGCAUCUCUCUGACCUAAGAGAAGCCCUCGACUCCCUCCACUUAAAAAUGGUGAAGGCGGAAAUAGCGACUUUGGGAAACCGAGUGAAAAAUGUAUUCGUUCUCACCAGCUUCAAAAAGGACAGCAACGAUGCCAAUACUGAAGCAUACGAACUUCUUGCAAGUUCGGUUCACCAGGUCCUGAGUUCCGUCCUCGAUAAGGCUUCGCCCUCACCAGAAUACUCCCCGAGAACAACGCUGCCGAGCAAAAGGCAAAGGCUCUCUUACUUCGAUAAAAUCGAUACCUCGAGCUCAUCCUCGUGAGAGCAAGAUUUGUGUGCGUUGCCACUUGCCGGCGAUAAUGAAGAUGAAGAUGUGCGCAUAUUGUAAUUUCAAAUAUGGAGUUUGUUAAAAAAAAAUUUAAAAAACAAAAAUCUCUAUUUAUAUUUUCAGACAUGGAUGCGUGGAUAUAUCAAUUAUUUGUGAUAUCGAGGGAAGACAAAGCUGCUUGGAUUGUAAUUUAAAUUGCAAUGGCUAGUUUGAUAUUUUUAUGUGUGUAAGGUACUUAAGUAUUUGGUAAACUUUAGUUGUAAAAGUGUUUUUAGCCUUUUAAUAAUAAAAUCAGUGUAUGAAUGUUUAGUAAAGUUU